CGCAGCACUUUCCACUGGUACUGAUCACCUCCCAGCCCCGCUCUGCCUGCUCGCCGGAGUGGAGAGCGGCCCGCGCGCCAGCCCUUGGCAGCCUCGGAGCAGUGGGGCUCCGGGAGGCAACUCCUUGGGAGCGCCCUGUCCAGGGUGCCCUCUGCGCUCUGCAGUGUCUUUCUCUCUGCCUGGGAGGAGGAGAAGGAGGAGGAGGAGGAGGACGACGACGACGACGUCUGGUCCCGGCUGGGAGGUGGAGCAGCGGCAGCCGCCGCCGCCGCCGGAAAGGGAGAGGCAGGAGAGAUCGAGACUUGGAAACCCCAAAGUGCCCGCGACCCUGCACGGCAGGCUCACGGCAGGCUCCCUUCCAGCUUCAUGGGCAAAGUGUGGAAACAGCAGAUGUACCCUCAGUACGCCACCUACUACUACCCCCAGUAUCUUCAAGCGAAGCAGUCUCUGGUCCCAGCCCACCCCAUGGCCCCUCCCAGCCCCAGCACCACCAGCAGUAAUAACAACAGCAGCAGUAGUAGCAACUCAGGAUGGGACCAGCUAAGCAAAACGAACCUCUAUAUCCGGGGCCUGCCUCCCAACACCACAGACCAGGACCUGGUGAAGCUGUGUCAGCCAUAUGGGAAAAUAGUCUCCACGAAGGCAAUUUUGGAUAAGACAACGAACAAAUGCAAAGGUUAUGGUUUUGUCGACUUUGACAGUCCUGCAGCAGCUCAGAAAGCUGUGUCUGCCCUGAAGGCUAGUGGGGUUCAAGCCCAAAUGGCAAAGCAACAGGAACAAGAUCCUACUAACCUAUAUAUUUCUAAUUUGCCACUGUCCAUGGAUGAGCAAGAACUUGAAACUAUGCUCAAGCCAUUUGGACAAGUUAUUUCUACAAGGAUACUGCGUGAUUCCAGUGGUACGAGUCGUGGUGUUGGCUUCGCCAGGAUGGAAUCAACAGAAAAGUGCGAAGCCGUUAUUGGUCAUUUUAAUGGAAAAUUCAUUAAGACACCACCUGGAGUUUCUGCUCCUACAGAACCUUUAUUGUGUAAGUUUGCGGAUGGAGGACAGAAGAAGAGGCAGAACCCAAACAAGUACAUCCCUAAUGGAAGACCAUGGCAUAGAGAGGGAGAGGUGAGACUUGCUGGAAUGACACUUACUUAUGACCCAACCACAGCUGCUAUACAGAACGGAUUUUAUCCUUCACCAUACAGUAUUGCUACAAACCGAAUGAUCACUCCAACUUCUCUUACACCCUAUAUUGCAUCUCCUGUAUCUGCCUACCAGGUGGCAAAGGAAACCAGAGAAAACAAGUAUCGGGGCUCUGCUAUCAAGGUGCAAAGUCCUUCUUGGAUGCAACCUCAACCAUAUAUCCUACAGCACCCCGGGGCCGUGCUAACUCCCUCGAUGGAGCACACCAUGUCACUACAGCCUGCAUCCAUGAUCAGCCCUCUGGCCCAGCAGAUGAGUCAUCUGUCACUAGGCAGCACCGGAACAUACAUGCCUGCAACGUCAGCUAUGCAAGGAGCUUAUCUGCCACAGUACACACACGUGCAGACAGCGGCGGUUCCUGUGGAGGAAGCAACUGGUCAGCAGCAGGUGGCUGUCGAGACGUCUAAUGACCAUUCACCAUAUACCUUUCAACCGAAUAAGUAACUGUGAGAUGUACAGAAGGGUGUUCUUACAUGAAGAAGGGUGUGAAGGCUGAACAAUCAUGGAUUUUUCUGAUCAAUUGUGCUUUAGGAAAUUAUUGACAGUUUUGCACAGGUUCUUGAAAACGUUAUUUAUAAUGAAAUCAACUAAAACUAUUUUUGCUAUAAGUUCUAUAAGGUGCAUAAAACCCUUAAAUUCAUCUAGUAGCUGUUCCCCCGAACAGGUUUAUUUUAGUAAAAAAAAAAAACAAAAAAAAAACAAAAAAGAAAAAC